UCCAUGGCGUUUUUGCAAAAUACCUUUUUCUUUUCGAGCAAUUGUUAAAUUAGAGGAUUUCCCUCUUAAAAUCGACAUGUUUUGAAAGUCAACCCCAACCGUCAACCAUCUGGUCGAAGUCCAACAGAAGGUUGAGAUAACAGAGGAGAGCAUGACAACAACCUCUUCGGGAUCCAUUAGAGCACUGAUCAGAGCCCGCAACGACCCAACUCUGAAAUCCCAUUUACGUAUCAUCCACAGCUCAACUCCCCUUCGCCGAUCCCACGCCGUCGCAUUGAGCUCAGAGUAUUUUCACAACGCCCGGCACCUGUUCGAGGAAAGUCCCGACCGAGACCCCUCCAAGAAUUUCAACAGCCUGCUCUUCCAGUACUCCCGCGAAAACCAGAACUGGCAAGCUCUCAGCCUCUUCGCGUACAUCCACCAGUCGGGUCUGCCUGUCGACGGUUCGACUCUAUCUUGUGCGCUGAAGGUCUGCGGGGCCCUGCCCGAUCAAUGCGCGGGCAAACAAGUCCACUGCCGAUGCAUAAAGGCCGGCUUCGAGGGCGAUGUCAGUGUCGGGACAUCUCUCGUCGACAUGUAUAUGAAAUCCGAGCACAUCGAGGAUGGGACGAGAGUUUUCGAAUCGAUGGGGGACAAGAAUGUGGUCUCCUGGACUUCGUUGCUCUCCGGGUACGCGAAGAAUGGACUGACUGACCGAGCAGUGGGUUUGUUCCGUAGGAUUGUGGGGGCGGGGGUCGAGCCUAAUGCGUUUACUUUCACUACCGUUCUUGGAGCUCUCGUGGCUGAUGGCAGUUUGGUGGCCGAAAGGGGAACUCAAGUCCAUGGCAUGGUGGUUAAGAACGGGCUCGAACGGGAUGUGACAGUGGGUAAUUCUUUGAUUAACAUGUACUCUAAAGUUGGGAUGUUAGGAUCCGCAAGAGCCAUCUUUGAUUCCAUGGACGAGAAGAAUUAUGUCUCAUGGAAUGGCAUAAUCGGGGGUUAUGUCUCGAGUGGAUGUGAUUCCGAGGCUCUUGAGAUGUUCUAUCAGAUGAGGACAGCAGGAGUUGGCCUCACCCAAGUGACCUUUGUUUCCGUCAUCAAACUGUGCGGUAACAAUAGGAACUUGGCUUUGGUGAGACAGCUUCAUUGUCGAGUUCUGAGAGGUGGGUUUGCUUUUGGAGAUGGUGUUAGAACUGCACUCAUGGUCGCCUACAGCAAGUGCAAUGAGAUGGAUGAUGCAUUGACAACUUUCUCCACAAUGCCUGGAACCAGAAAUGUAGUUUUGUGGACAGCCCUGAUUAGCGGGUACUUGCAAAAUGGUGGGGCUGCCAGAGCUGUGGAUUUAUUCCGCCAAAUGACGAGGGAUGGCGUGUACCCCAACAGCUUUACUUACUCUGUGAUCCUAACCGCUCACCCUUUUGUCUGUCCUUCUGCCAUUCAUGCUCAGGUCAUUAAAACCAACUACGAGAGAACAUCCACAGUGGGAACUGCACUCUUAGAUGCUUAUUUUAAGGAAGGGAACUCUGAUGCUGCCACAGAAGUUUUUGAUUCGAUUGAGGAGAAGGACAUAGUUUCAUGGUCUGCAAUUCUGGCAGGAUAUGCUCAGAUCGGUGACAGUGCGAGAACUGUAACAGUUUUUAUGAAGCUUGGAAGAGAACGGUGUAUAAGACCGAACGAGUAUACUUUCUCGAGUGUUAUUAAUGCUUGUGCAGGACCAACAGCAGGAGCUGAACAGGGGAGGCAGCUUCAUGGGUGCUCGAUCAAAUCGGGCUUUAGCAACGCCCUUGUUGUGAGCAGCGCGCUCGUGACCAUGUAUGCGAAGAGAGGAAAUAUCGAGAAUGCGAAUAAGGUGUUUCGGCGGCAGAGGGAGAGGGACUCGGUCUCGUGGAAUUCCAUGAUCUCUGGGUAUGCACAGCAUGGGGAUGGGAAGAAGGCCCUCGAGGUCUUUGAGGAGAUGAAAAGUCAGAAUAUAGCGAUGGAUUCUGUAACAUUUAUUGGGGUGAUUUCUGCCUGUACUCAUGCUGGGUUAUUGGAAGAAGGGGAAAGGUACUUCAAUAUGAUGGAAAAUCACGGUAUCAAACCGACGAAAGAACACUAUUCAUGCAUGGUGGAUCUGUAUUCCCGAGCGGGGAUGCUUGAGAAGGCAAUGGAGGUGAUAAGGAGCAUGCCAUUCCCAGCUAGUGCAACUUCAUGGUUGUCCAUAUUGGCAGGUUGUCGGGCUGAGAGGAACCUCGAGCUGGGAAAGGUGGCUGCAGAGAGGCUUAUGUCUCUCCAGCCAGAUCACUCAGCUGCUUAUGUCUUGCUGUCGAACAUCUAUGCAGCUUCAGGGGAUUGGGAUGAGAGACGCGAAGUGAGGAGAAUGAUGGAGGAGAGGAGAGUGAAGAAGGAAGCUGGCUUGAGUUGGAUUGAGGUGAAGAACAAGACACAUUCUUUCCUGGCAGGUGAUGUUUCCCACCCUUUGGCGAGUCAGAUCUAUGCGAAGCUCGAUGAGCUGCGGGCCCGCCUGAGGGAUGCGGGGUACCGACCUGAUACGAAUUACGUUCUCCACGAUGUCGAGGAGGAGCACAAAGAAGCGAUCCUGUCGCAACACAGCGAGAGACUGGCCCUUGCUUUUGGGUUGAUUUCCACAUCCUCAGAGGCUCCUAUACAGAUAAUGAAGAACCUCCGAGUGUGCAGGGACUGUCAUACUGUGUUCAAGAUGGUUUCAGAGAUCGAAGGGAGAGAGAUUGUAGUCAGAGACUCAAACAGAUUCCAUCACUUUAAAGGAGGGUUGUGCUCAUGUGGCGAUUAUUGGUGAAACUUCCUAAUUCCUGUUCAAAGAAGAUGGUUUUUCCACGCUCAAGUAUGCAUGGACUUGAAUAUGGCAGAGUGGGACACAUACUAAACUGCAAAGAUGGAUAUACAUUUCCUCAGAAAGAUAGGCACGGUGAGGAAACCAAUAAUUAUUGAAGGUGCGAGGGAGGAAUUGUUCUACUGUGAGCUAAAAAUUCUUACAAGUUGAUGGAUUAUACAUCGGAAAAGAUUUAACAAUUUGCCAAAAGAGCUCCACAUUUGGUUUGGCAUCUGUUAAUUGCUUCUAAGUUCCUCAAUUACGCGAACAGCUCCAUGUCUGCUUCUGCAUCAGCAUCUUAUCAGUAACUUGAGAUGAUGCAGGGCCCCUUAAGUUCGGCCAUGGGUCCGGUGUAUUGUAGAUUGCUGAUGUGAAAAGCACAUUUGAUCCCAAAAGACGCAGCUGAGGAACUCAGUAAGAAUCUACUCUUUAUGAGCCUGACUCACUUGACUCACUGAUAAAUCCUCUAGAAUCUAACAAUCAUUCCUAGAGCCUGGAAUUACGGCUAUGGAACUGCAGCUAGCCCUUAGUUUUGUGAUGUGGAGUCAUUGUGACUGAUACCGUGAUGAUUCACAGUGGAACAAAACUGGAUUAUAGCUUGUACUGCUAUGGAGGCGGACUCUGGAGUCUCCAGUCCCCCCCGGCCUUGUCUUUCGUUACAUGGUUGUCUACUGCGGAGGAGGAAGAAGGUUUCAACAUCUCGGACAAGUAGUAUAUAAUUGUCCUUCAUCGCGGAGCUAUCAUCUUGUUUCUUUUGACCAAGUGAUGACUGCUUGCAAAGCUUGACCAGCAAAUUGAUAAGAUUGGAAGAACUAUUCGUCUUGACUGGAUGCGAAGCCUAUUGAUCUCAUCAAUUGCCUUGCCAUUGAUACUCGUUAUAUAUAGCUGUCAAUAUUUUAUCUUCCACCCGACAAUACGAUCUUGAAGCGAAGGAUGAUUUUUGUCAUGGAAAACGAGAGGCACAGUUCUUGUUCUAACCGAUCCUUUUCGGCCAAGCAAACAAGCUCGUGAAUUGGCUAAGUUAUAUAUAAACAUCAUUGGUUUUC